AUGCCCGGAAACUCUCAAGGAACAGUUUACUCUGUCUCCACAUCAUCAACACACUCCUUCUCCAAAGACCCCGUGCCAAGCAUAACCCUAAUAGCCGGCCUAGGGAUACAAGGCGAUGCACACGCCGGUGUAACUGUACAGCAUCGCUCGCGCUUACAUAUUAAGCCCCCACCGGCGAAUCUGCGGCAGGUGCAUCUGAUCCCACUGGAACUGCUUACGGAAGUGUCAGACUGUGGGCAGUUUGAGCCAGGGGAUCUGGGUGAGAAUGUUACUACGAUUGGGAUUGAUUUGAAGCAAUUGGGGAAGGAAACAAAGCUCCUUUUUGUUGACCAAGAACAUGAUAUCAAUGGAAAUGGAAGUGGGGAUUGUGAGGCUGGCCCUGUAGUUGUGGUUAUGGGACUGCGCAAUCCGUGUCCGCAGAUUGACAAGUUUCGCUCCGGGCUACGAGAAAGACUCAUCGUGCGAGACGAGCAAAGAAAGAUCGUCGGUCGUCUAGCUGGAGUGAUGGGGACGGUUGAGAAGGGGGGUGAGAUCAGACCUGGGAUGAGGAUCCGGGUUCAGCAACCAGCCGAAUAUCAACCCCUGGAAUGUGUCUGA